AUGGGAAAUAUUGUGGGAUACCGCUCUGUGGUUUAUUUCGUGAACUGGGGUAUAUAUGGACGAGCAUACAACCCAGCCGACCUUCCAAUCGACAAGCUGACUCACAUUCUCUACGCAUUUGCUAAUAUCCGUCCAGAGACUGGAGAAGUAUACCUCUCUGAUACUUACGCUGAUCUCGAGAAGCAUUAUCCCGGCGACUCCUGGAGUGAGCCAGGCCAUAAUGUCUACGGAUGCACGAAGCAACUCUUCCUCUUGAAAAAGCAGAACCGUAACCUCAAAGUUAUGCUUUCCAUUGGUGGAUGGACCUACUCCACGAACUUCGCCCAGCCCGCUAGCACCGAUGCGGGAAGGAAGAAGUUCGCCGACUCAGCUACCAAACUCCUCCUUGACUUGGGCUUUGAUGGCCUUGACAUUGACUGGGAAUACCCCAAGGAUGAGAAUGAGGCCAACAACCUUGUCUUGCUCCUAAAGGCUUGCCGAGAGUCUCUCAACGCCGCUCAGAAGAACCGCAAGUUCCUCCUCACCGCUGCUGUUCCAUGUGGCCCCGUUAACUACGAGAAGCUUAAGCUCAAGGAUAUGAGUGCUUAUCUCGAUUUCUUCAACCUUAUGGCCUACGACUUUGCCGGCGCAUGGGACAAGGAUGCUGGACACCAGGCUAACUUGAGACCUUCCGGUUCAAACCCCACCAGCACUCCUUUCUCGACCUCUGCUGCAGUUGACUACUAUAAUAAGAAUGGUAGUGUACCAAAGAGCCAGAUUGUCUUGGGUAUGCCUCUGUAUGGCCGCGCAUUUACCAACACUGACGGACCCGGCAAGCCCUUCCAGGGAGUUGGCCAGGGUAGCUGGGAGAAUGGUAUCUGGGACUAUAAGGUUCUCCCCAAGGAUGGAGCUAAAGAGGAGAAAAGUGAUGAAUGCGGCGCCUCCUGGAGUUACGACCAGGCCAGCCGCACCAUGAUUUCCUACGACACUGUUCCGAUGGUUCAGGAUAAAACCAAGUGGGUUAUCGACAACGGUCUCGGAGGCGGAAUGUGGUGGGAAGCUAGCGGUGACAGAGGUGGUAAAAAUGCCACCAAGGCUGGUGGAAGUUUGAUUGCUACCUUUGUCGAGGGUGUGACUGCCCAGGGCCAGAAGGGACUGGAGAAGUCCCAGAACUCCAUCGAAUAUCCCGAGAGCCAGUACGAUAAUUUGAAGAAGGGGUUCUCUUGA